CAGGUGUCCCAGUGAAAAUGAUGAAUGUUAGAGGCCUUGCAGACUUGAAGAAGAAGAAACCCUCCAAGGGCCCGAGGGGGACGGACGCCGGUGUCCCAAAACCCGCCGGUGACUUCUUCAAAAAACCGGAGGGGCCGUCGGUGGGCCCAAGCACUGAUGCUGCUGCUGCCGCCAAAAGGAAGGGCUCGGGCAGAGAUCCCGAGGGCAAGAAGCCCAAGACCGGGGAUGCCGGGAAGAAAUCCCCCCCGGUGAUCAUUGUUGAUGAAGGCCCUGCCUCCGGGGCAGAUGAGGACAUGCAGGUGGCGAAGGUGCCGCCGGGAGUUCAGGGGCCAUCUUCCGAGGUCCUCAUGGUUUCCCUCCCGGCUGGUACGGCCGUGAUGAACGGUACGGCCGACCCGAGGGCGCUUCUGAGAGGCAUUACCCUCGAGAUUGACAGGGUAGCCCUCGGGGCUGAUGAAGACGAAGCCCUCGAGGACAGGAUCCUCCGGUCCUCCCUCACAACCUGCAUUGCCCUCGGGGAGCAAGCCCGACGGCUAGAGGAGUGGCGCCUUCGCAAGGCCGAGCAGGAGGCCAAGAUGCGGGAGCUCAUCCGCCAGAAUGCAGACGCUGUUCGGCAGAUGGCCAUGCUGGAGGAGAGCCUUCGGCAGAUGACCCUGCGGGCGGAGGCCGCAGAUCGGGGUAGGGCAGAAGCCGAGAGGUCCGCAGCUGAGGCCCUUGAGAAAGCUGCCAAGGAAGCCGAGGCCGCGAAGGUUGAAGCCGUCGAGAGAGCCCGAGAGGACGCAAUCUCGGGGUUCUUGGCAGGGGGAUGGCGGUCCGAGGAGCACAAGCGAUGGCUGUCCUCGGUCGUCGAGUCCUCGGUCGACGAGUGGUGUGAUGGGCCUGGCGUGGAGUGGGUUUCCCGAAAGGGCAAACAAUACUACGAUGGGGGCGAGUUUUUCACUCAAGCCCUCAUCUAUCGGAGGAUGGCUCGCCACUUGAAGAUCGAGCCAAAGGACUUUGACCCGGCAGCAUACGGGCUCCCCCCUGCAGCCAGACAUCCGCGUUCCUCUUCCCCCCGAUGUCGAGAGGCCAGACCUAGAGGACUCUGAGCUCAUGAAGGAAGCCGAGGGCGACGAACCUGAGGCCGACGCAGAAGUGACCUC